AUGCGGUGUCACCGCCCUCGCUUCGCCCGUCCAGAAUCGAUUCUCGAGACGGACCCCCACCACCGCCCUCUCGCACACCGCCUCUGCCGCUGGCCACCAGAGGUCGCUGACGCUUAUCGACGCGGCUACGAUGACGCUCUUAUCGAUGUAUCUGAGGGAUCCGUAACCCUUGACAACGCUGUUUACCGCCGAGUCCCGCUCUACCGCCCAGAUAAUCGAGAACGACCAGGCGAGCACUUCAAAACUCGUGAUGACGACCGCAUGCGUUUUGGAGACCGUCCCGCACCUGACUAUGGAGAUCGUGGUGGCGGUCCGGCAAUGGUUGGCCCUCCCUUGGGCCCUCCAAAUCACAUGCAGCCCCAGCGUCCACCAAGUGGCCCUCAACGAUACAACGACUUUUACUCGCCUGCGCCCCAGGCGCAACAGUUGCCGCCGUAUUACACGCCCUCGCCCCCACAUCCAGGCAGGGCGCUAAUGUACCCGCCGAUAAAGCACGAGCAUGCCACAUCGCCUCCUUCGCAUGGUCUACCGCUUCUUGGCCGGCCACCAUCCGGUACAGGUGUUCCGGCUGCCCUGCAACCGAUCAUGAGACACCGGCAGAUGAUCUCGUGUCAUCCGUGCCGGUCACGUAAAGUCAAGUGCUCGGGCGGCAAGCCGUGUGACGCCUGCAUCAAGAUCAAGCGAACGUCUGAAUGCGAGUAUGAGAAGACGGUCCGACGACGCGGCAAGGGACGCAAACGCUCUGACAAGUCUCAAGAUGGCAGGUCUAGCGAUAGCGGCAACGACAAUGAUGAGCCGAGUGGACCGACUACCACCCAAGGCAGCGACCAGCAGCGUAGCGAACGCAGCGGCCACGGCUUCAGUGACACGCAAGGCGGCGAGAGUGGAAGUGAUGCCCGUGUUCAUCGCGAAGACGGAGCCAUCAUGAUCGACUCGCCUCCCCAACCCCCGUCUGACGGCAAAAAGCGUCGCGAGUCCAACGGCAAACCCGAAUCGCCUUCCACGUCCAAUAGACGUACAAGGGACUCUGAACUUGGGUCCUUUGGCACCUCACGCAACCGUCGGGAGAGUGGUCCAGACGAGGAAGAGCGACGCAAGCGUGCACGCGGGGAACGGCGUGAAAGCCGCGAGGCUGCCAGAGAGGGUUCUUCCUCGGCCAUCCAACCGAAACGCGACCGAGUGGAGCGCCUCGACCACGAACACGAUCACCGCCAGCGAAAUCGCGACCGUAACCACCGAGACCGCGAGAGGGUACGCGAUGGCCACCGGUACGAACCUGCACCAGAAGAGCCAUGA